CGGCUGGCAGGUGGACCAAGCCAUCCUUUCUGAGGAGGACCGAGUUGUCGUCAUUAGGUUUGGACAUGAUUGGGAUCCUACUUGUAUGAAAAUGGAUGAAGUUCUAUAUAGCAUAGCUGAAAAGGUAGCAGCAUAAACAUCAAGUGAUGCCCAGAUCCCCCUGCCAUCACUGUGAGGCUAGGAUGGCUAGAGAUGAGGGUCGUGGCUCUCCAGAUCUAAGCAAAGCUCAGCAAGAUGCUGUUAGCUAGGAAACAGACUUUCUGUGUAUUAAUAAAUGACAUAUAGUGGGGGAUCGUCCUCAUCAUGUCACGAGCCCUGUUUGGAUAUCACAGCUGUUUUAAAGUUAAAAAUUUUGCAGUUAUUUAUCUUGUGGAUAUUACAGAAGUACCUGACUUCAACAAAAUGUAUGAGUUAUACGAUCCUUGCACAGUCAUGUUUUUCUUCAGGAACAAGCACAUAAUGAUUGAUUUAGGGACUGGUAACAACAACAAGAUUAACUGGGCUAUGGAGGACAAACAGGAGAUGAUCGACAUCAUAGAGACCGUCUACCGAGGGGCACGCAAGGGUCGGGGACUGGUGGUGUCUCCAAAGGACUACUCUACCAAGUACAGAUACUGAGUUUUCCUGGUUGCCUCGUGUCCGGCGCUCUCACUGUUUCUGUGUAUGUGAGUGUCAUGGAAUCACUUAAGCUAUUUAGAGCCUUCGGGAAAUUGAUGGAAAAGUACAUACAGCUCAAGGAACCAGAGUGUCUUUUUGAUGUAAGGAUUGCAUAGCCUUAAGUUUUCAGUCUCCCUGUCCAUUGUAUUUUUAUAUUGGAAAAUAUCUGUAAAUAGCUAACUGAAAUAAAUAAAACACAAAGUUAUGAACAGUUAUAAUUGUUUGUUUUUAAGAAACUUGAUGUAUGGAUUACUGAUUUUGGUAGCCUAAAUUAAUUCUUAUCUUUACCACUGGGAUAAAAUUAAUGAGGCUGAUAGGUUUUACAUAUUGGCAGUGGCAGUCCAGAGCCUGGAGUCCAUAAGGAAUACACAGUUAGGAUAAGAAUGUCUUUUAAUCUUAUUCUCCUGAUUAUUAAAACAAUGUAAUAAAAUAUUCUAUGGAGCCUUCCCUUCAAAUUUGAGAAAGAGAGCUGUCUCUUACUUCCCCUGAGAUUGUGUCAAAUGUACUUAAACAUACGGCAUUUUUUUGUAAAGUCUGUAGAAACCAUGACCCUUUAGUCUUUAUAGCUAAAAAGUUUCUUAUUACAACUUCAAGUUUCUCUUGCUAGAUCCCCUGUAUCCUGGCAUAUGCAGAAUAGUUGGUUGGGACCCUUUGUCUUGGCAUAUUCAGAAUGGUUGGUUGGAAUCCUUUGUCAAAGCAUAUGUGGGCUGGUUGGUUGGGAUCCCCCACAGUGCAUCUCAGCACACACUUAGAAUGGUUGGUUGGGAUCCCCAGUGGUGCAUCUCAGCACACACUUACACUUUGCCUGAACGCCCAGUGUGGGUGGGAGCACAGCCCGGAAUCUCUAUCUGGGUUCAGAUCCAGGCUCUGCUGCCCAGCUGGUCAGUGGCCUUGGACAAGGUACUUCCCUUCUCUGUGCCCUACCCAGCUAUGAAAGGGAGAUGACAAAUAUGUUCCUACAUGUAAACCACUGAGGACAGUGCCUGGGAGAUGUAUAAGCCAUGCAAAGUGUUUGCCGCAAUUGUUUGAUCCAGUUAUUGUUAAAGCAUGGGGAGCACUUACACAGUAUGAAGCAGAUUUUAAAACAUGUCUAAAUCUGGCUUUAAAAUUCAAAUGCAAAUCUACAUUUUAAUCUCUGUAGCCUUAAUUCCCCCUUUAUAAAAUCGGGAGUAUAAUACCAUAUCACAGUAUUAUGAGGUGGUACUGAAAAAAAUCUGCGUGAACUGUAGUACCCGGCAUAUAACAGACAUUCAAUAUUAUACUUCUGCCAUUUCUCCAAAGAAGGUAAAUGGCCAAUAAGCACAUGAAAAGAUGCUUAGCAUCAUUAGUCAUUAGGGAGAUAUUUAUCAAAACCACAAGAUACCACCCUACAACCCACUAGGAUGUCUGUUACCAAAUAAAUGGAAAAUAACAAGUGUUGACAAGGAUGUGGAGAAACUGGAACCCUCAUCCAUUGCUGGCAGGUAUAUAAAAUGGUGGAGCCACUGGAAAAGUUUGGUAGUUCCUCAAAAAAUUAAACAUCUAACUACCAUAUGACCCAGCAAUCCCAAUCCUAGGUACAUACCCACAAAAAGUGAAAGCAGGAGCGCAACAGGAAGUUUGUACAUUAGCGUUCACUGCAACACUGUUCACAUUAGCCAAAAGGUGGAAACAACCUAAAUGUCCAUCAGAAGAUAAUGGAUAAGCAAAAGAUGGUAUAGUCAUUCAAUAAAAGCCAUAAAGAAAAAUGAAGUCUUGAUAAAUUCUA